ACUUGAACGUUCAUUCGUAGCAGAGUGUUUAGUCUUAAGCUGUGAAAUGGGUUUAGAAAGAUAGGAAGACAAUUUAGGAUUUACAAUGCCAGGAGGUGACUUCUUUAUUGUGAUGCUACUUGUUUGGACACUUGUUGGCAGGAGGGUUGAUGGUGAGAGAGUGACUGGAGUGUUACAUGGGCGAGUGGAGCUUCGAGGACCCUAUGGACUCAGUCCAGAUGUGAACAGCGUGCAAUGGAAUAAAUAUCUAGUUAAAAAUUCAACAAAGAGAAUGUUAUAUUGGGUUAAAAAGCCAAACAAUACUACAUGCACAGAGCCCUGCAAAAAUAUUGAUUUUAAUUUACAGAAUAUGAGUCUUAUUUUGGUUAAUUUGACACAAGAAGAUGAAGGCGUUUAUGAAGAGAGAACCUCAUUUAAAAAUAACACAGUUAAAUCUUUUAAUGUUACAUUAUGUUUACAGGUUUUGAGUACAGAAUCUCCACCUCCAUCCUGCAACACCACUUCGUCACCUUUAAAUGGUACAUCAGCCAAGCAGAAUAAUACAGAAGGUACACAUUCUAACAUCGCUAAACAUAUUUUCAAAGCUGGAUUCUCACUCAUCGGUCUUCUGGUUUUGUGCAUCAUUUUAGUUUUCAUCUGUAAAUGUUAUGGUCGUAGAAAAAUGAAAUCUACUCCAAGAGAAGAACCCAUUUACAAUGAGCCCUCGUUUCUUCAGGAAGAACCUGCUCCUCUGCCUGUCGACUCUUUGUUAGUUGUCUAUCAAGACUUCAUACGGCCAAAUCACUCACAACAGUCUAAUCAAUGUGAAGACUUUGGCUACUCCACCAUAGCAGAUGUUGUAGAACUCACGACAUACACGAAGUAUACGGGCACCAACGGAGAUGUAAAGGAUGACCCAACAGGAUCCUGAUGCAUGAGAUACUUUGUACUGUCUAUAAAGAGAAGCUCAGUUCUGAGUUCUGCAUUCCUGUGAACUGUGUUUUCUUUGUGAACUCAGUGAUUCUGAAAGAAUCAGCAUUUUUUGAGAACAAAGGAAAAAGAAUGUUGCAAUUUUCUUGUAUGUAACAUAUUGUAUGUAUUUUUUUUUUAAACAUUAUGUUGUGAUUCAUGCAUGGUGGACCCAAGUCGGUGCUCCCAUGCCUUUGCACAGUCACAGUAUUCCAGUGUUAUGAUUAACCAGACAUCCUGCACUACAUCCUGGUGACCAUGGACGUCUCCACAAAGUGGUCUGAAGCAUAUACCUGACCAGCGAACCACUACCUUAAACUUCUCACCAGGGAACUGUUCUGCCUGGAAGAGGAACGUAGCUGUACAGUGAGGAGGUCUACAACAUCGUAUUUGUCCUGAUGUGUGCCAUCAUUUGGGAAUUACAAAAACUUGGACUGCUACUCUUCUCAUCCUCGGUGCAAUGACUCUUUAAACUUUAAACACGUCACUAGUCCCUGAGUGGAGCUUGGAGUAGUUCCUGUUCCAUACUGCACAUUGGACAUGUUCUCUUGCCUGUUGUGCAUUGUGUUUCCCGUGUGUACACCGUGUGUGCCUCUGGAGAUCAUCUUGUUGCUCCUUGCUCUGCCACGAACUGAAAGAUUGCCUAAUAAAAAGGAACAGUUAACUAUG